UUCAUUGGCAUUUUAUCGGAUUCUUUGGUUUUUGCGGAAAAAAAAAUUUUUUUUUGAAAAUUUUUUUUCCAAAAACUUUUUCAAUUAAAAAAAAUGAAAGGAUGGUAUGAAACACGUGGCAAUACAUUCUACAUUUGGGAGGGUGUCCUUGCCACCUACCGCCCGGAAAACUUGGCGGUGUGCCAACUAUUCAAAAUUAUGGAAAACGAGAUUUUUGAAAUCCACGUGGACUUUUCUACUGAAUUUCCCGAUUUUUCUAUCGAAAAAAUUGAUUCUGAAGGAUAUUGGGAGUGUGUGGAAAUUCGAGGGGUACUGUCCACUGGGGCUCACUUUCUGUGCCACUCUACGAGUAAAAGCCAUGCGAUGAGCAUUUUGAAGGUCCUUCCAUCUGCAAUAACUGAAAUUUCCGUCCGCCUGGACCCCGAUCCACUGAGAAAUUGGGAAAAGCCUGAAAUUAAAGAAAGAAUUUCGGAUUGGCAAGAAGUGUUGACGUUAUUCUGUGAAUUUCCGGAGAAUUCAAAAAUUAUACUGGAUUCUAAUAUGUUGUCAUGAUUUUUAAUUGAUUUAUUGAUUUUUCAAAAAUAAACUACUCGGGUUUUACAGAA